GAAGGAAAGAUGCUUUUCUUUUCUCUGUUCUCUGUAAUGUGAGCAUAUAUCAAGGAAAUUAGGGUAAUUGGUAUGUGGUAUUAUUUGGUUGCCCUCAUGCGCAACAUUAAUAAAUUUUUCCUCCAGAAAUACCCUCAUUAUUAGAAAAGUAGUUGUUGAAUGGGAUGAGAGUAAGUGGUAAAUCAGCGGACCUUUAAUGGUGGAACCCUCAGUUCUAAUCCCCAGGAGACAUUUCAAGUGUUGAAAUUCGGUAGCAUACUUCAUCCAACCAUAGUUUUGGUGUACUGCUAUGGACCAGGAGUGGAUGUAAAGUCAGGAUAUCUCUGACAAAGGAUAUGUUCUUGGGUUGUGAAAUCGAAGCUGGGUCUGGCCACAGAAGGGGAAUGUAGUAUUUGCCAAAAGAAAAACACCAAAGGUCAGCCUACAAGUUUUGCAGAGCAUUCACAGUCGUGCCUCUGUUUCUUUCCUAUUGUUCCAACUAGAAGGAUCAAAAGGGUAUCUUGGAACUCAUGGAUGAGGCUUUUGACUUUUCAUUUUGUCAGGUUAACUCAGUCCCUGAUGUGGAUCAACUGGAAUCACCAAAACCCAUGCCUCAAGUUUCUGAGCUUCGUAUAGAUGAUGUGUCUGACGUUCAUAUAGAUGAUGUGUCUGAUAGUGCUAAAAAUGUAGAGUCCAAAGUUUCUUCAAUUGAAGAUGUGAAAAUAUUCCAGGUGCCUGCUCCUAAAAUUAAUAGCACAGCAAAUACAGAGACCACUGAUCCAAAAACAACAGUGUUAGCUAAAUCUAUUAUUAUUAAGAAACCAGUACCUCGAGUGAAGGUUCCAUUUGAAAAGGGAUAUAGCCAAAUGGACUGGCUAAAACUGACACAAGCAAAUCCUGAUUUGGCAGGGCUCAAGGGACAGUCAAAUAGAAGACUAAUUUCUAUGGAUGAAGUGAAACAACACAAAAGUGAAGGAGACCUUUGGACAGUGCUUAAAGGCUGUGUAUACAACAUUUCCCCUUAUAUGAAGUUUCAUCCUGGAGGUGUGGAUAUGUUGAUGAAGGCUGCUGGCAAAGACUGCACUGCACUUUUCAAUAAAUAUCAUGCUUGGGUGAAUGCGGAGUUUCUACUGGAGAAGUGUUUGGUUGGCUUCCUGGAUGUACCAACGUAAUUGGUGGGAGCAUGAAUAAGAUUUUUGGGGAGUAUCAUUUAUAUCUGAUAAGAAAUGUAUUCAGUCUGUUGUUAAGAACCUAAGAGGAUGGAUAAAAAAAAAUGUGUCUAACCUUCAGUUUGCCCAAUUGGGGUGAAAGGAUUUGAAUCUGCAAGUUUCCCUGUAAACCCCAGUGGCUGAUGUAGUUGGAAUUCAUACAAGGCAAAGCUUAAUUCGUUGCCAAAUUAUUCAAAAUUCUCUCUCUGCGGUCUUUCCAUGCCAAGGAGCUCAAUUAUACUUGAUUAUUUUCUUAAUAAAACAUAUGGAUGGCAUUGUUA